AUGAGUGCAUAAUAGAAGCAGACUUUUGAAGCAUUUUAGGUGAAUAAAGAAUUAGUGGCAAUAUUCACUGAAUAAGCUGUAGGAGCUAAAAGAUUGUAAAUACUAAAAUGGAUUAAAGACUUGGUAGAGAAGCCAAAACAUGCCCAUAAAGAAGAGGAAAAAUUAAAGGGUUUAUUUGUAGAAGAAGCAGUAAUCUAAGAAAUUACUAAAGGAGAUACUGAAUUUCGCAUUAAUUAUUUCAACAAUAUGCUCCAACAAAUUUUAGAAGAAUUCAAUCAAUCAAAAGUAAAGGAAGGUAACAUAUAUAUGCGCUCAUUAACACUUAAGCGUUGGAAAGAAAAGAAAGUACGCUUAGACGAGAUAAAUAAAUAAUUUGUUGUACUUUCAAAAAAGAAGCAAAAGUAGCUUAAUCUCAACACUUACUCAGUUAAAUGGGUAGGGUAAAAGAAAGAAUACUAAGCUUUCGCUCUCGAUUCACUUUCUCCAUAGAAUAAAUAUAAAUAGUUGCUUUUUGGAUGGGUCAAUUUUGAUGGAGCUCGUUUAUGGCACGAUAGCAUUUUGCGCCUAUUAAGUAAGCAGCUCCUUGAUAAUAAUUUAAUUCCUGAUAGGUUGGGAGUUUAAUCAGUUUAAGUUAAAUCUUCUUAAGACCUUUUUGGUGAGAGCUAAGUAAAUAUGCAAAAAUAAUAAGAUUCCGAAGACACUUAAGGAAAGAGAAGAGCUAGUCUAUAGCUGAAUUUAAAAGAGGAAUAGCUUGAGAAAGCAGAGAAGCCUACAGAUUCUCUUUAACUUAGCAUAUAGCAUAAAGCAACUAAAAAAGAAGAAUUAAAGUCAUCUUCUUAGUAGCAAGAAAUUUCCUCCUCAUCCAAAAAUAACCUUUAAGUUGCAGGAGAAAAGUAAAUCUAAAACGAUGUUUCUUCAUCUCCAUCAUCCAAAUAGCAACAAUAGAUUGUAGUUUCCAGUUCUUCUUCUCCUAUGCAAAAAUAGGGUACAGAAAAACCUGAAAAAAUGCAACAAAUUUAGAUAGAUCAAAGCUAGGCCUAAAAAAGACAAUAAGAAUAACAGUAGUAAUAAUAACAGCAACAAUCUUAAUUGCUAAAGCCACAAAUAUAAUAGCAAUAACUAAAUAAUUAAAGAAUUGAAUCAAAAUCACCUUCUAGAAAUACAAACUCUCCUUCUCCUAUCAAUAAAGACAACAAUACAUAAAGAUAAAUACAAAAAACGGAAGAGUAAAAGUAAAUUUUAAAACAUAGAGUAGAUUAAGCUCUUCAAUAGUAAACUUUAGCACAGAGCAUUGACGUAGAUUAAUACUUAGAGCAUAUUGAUGAAAUAAAAACACCUUAAGCAGUUUAAUAAUUUUUAAACUCUUACAAAUUAGAAAUGAUGGCAGAUGAGAGAGAUUUCAAAAGCAUAAGCUUUAAUAAUGGAAUGAGUUUGUUGUAAAGCACUGAAGAUCCUCGCAGAUUUAAGAUUUUCUUGGCUUUCUAAGGUGUUUCUGCUUUUGAAAUUUUUAACUCAAUUUGUAAUGUUGACGACUACAGCAAGUGGAAUGGCAAUGUUGCUGAAACUAAAGUUCUUAAUAUAAUGAAAAAUGAGCAAACAUGCAUAAUUUAUUAAAAGCAUAAGGGUAUUGGAAUUAUGUAUCGUCCUCGUGAUUUCGUUUACUUAAGACAUGCCUUCGUCAAAGACUAAUCUUAUUAUUUGAUUGAUAAAUCUAUAGAAUAUGAUAGUAUUCCUACUAGUAUGUCUAUUGUCCGCGGUGAAAUCGAACAUGUAGUAUGGUGCUUUAAAACUCAUAAGGAUGACGAAAGCAGAUCUUUAAUGAUUGGUGACUUUUAUUAUAACAAUUCAGGUUACUCUAACAAGGAAUAGGAUGCUUCUAUCACAUUCGCAUAUAUCAACAAUUUCUGUAAUCUGGGCUAGUUCAUAACUCAAAAGAGCUUCUAGAAGAGCAUAAAAAUCAACAUGUUUGACAUAGGAGAUUUAACCGUAAACAGGAAGACUUAAAAUGAAAAGGGACGCAAGCAUAAUGUAUUAGAAUCUGUUUAGUAGUCUUAACUUUAUAAAUCAAUCGAUCCUAAUAAUGUGUUUUAAAGCAUACAACUCGACUCUUAACAGUUGCCUUAUUAGCAAUAGUAUUCUAUAGUUAUUAACUAAAAUAAAAUAAUGACCAAAAUUGAAGAAAACUAAGAGGAAAAUAUACCUACUUCUAGUUAAAUUAGCAGCAAGACUGAGCUUGAAUAAAUUGAAUAAGAAGAAAAAGAAAUAGUUAAAAAGAUUUAUGAAGAAGAAGAAAUUCAAAACGCAGAAUUAAAUGUAGAGAUUAGCAAAUUCUGUGAGGAAAUUCAUAAGGACGAUAAUAAAAAAUCCAAAAAUAUUAUUGAAGAAUCUCAAGCACUCAUUGAACAAUAGUAAGAAAUAAAUAAGCCUGGAAAUAAAUUAGCUGGUAUGACUAUUCCUUAAAUUAUUGAAUUUGUUAAUUAGAAUAAGCAUUGGAAGAUAUGUCUUGACUAGAAGUUUAAUAUGGGCCGCAUUGACACUAAACCAUAAUUUAUUACAUCAGAUCCUGAAAAGGGUCACUAUUAGUUUAAAAAAGAUUGGGAACGUGAUUUAAAAACUGGCAAGUUCAUUUUUUUAAAUUAAGAGAAAAUUAACACUUAAAAAAAAGUUAUAUCUUUCAUAUUAUCAAAAAUUGGUUCCAAUAUUUUAAGCGGUAAAUCUAUAACCAGUAUUUCACUGCCUAUUGAUAUUUUCGAACCUCGUUCUAAUUUAGAAAGAUUCGCUUACAGUUGUGCAUUUGCUCCAAUUUACUUAAAGAAGGCAGCUGAGCUAACAGAUCCAAUUGAAUAAAUGAAAAAUUGCGCUAUUUAUCUUGUUACAACAACUAUUAUGUACUUAGACUUAGAAAAGCCUUUUAACCCCAUUUUAGGAGAAACUUAUCAAGGUCGUUUAGAUGGCUAUCCCUUUUACGCUGAAUAAAUUUGCCAUCAUCCUCCAAUUUGUGCUUAUUCUUAUUAUACAGAUUCAUACAAACUAACAGGCAGUUUAGAAAGUAUCGCCUAAAUGCAUGCAAAUUCUGUUACUGGUCUUAACUAAGGUAAUGUCUUUGUAAAAUUCCAUAAAACCGGAAAUGAAAUUGGUUUAAUCUAGGCUCCAGGUAGUCUUAAUGGCACAGCCUUUGGUACUAGAUACAUGUCAGUUGAUGGUAAAUACCUUGCUUAUGACAUUAAAAAUAAACUAGUAUUAGAUAUUAAAGUCAACCCUGAUAAGAAAGGUUUCUUCAAAAGUGCUGGUUGCACAAUGGACUAUAUGGCUGGUGGUAUUUAUAGAGUAAAUGAUAAGUUUAUAGCUAAAUUGAAAAGCUUGCAUCCCCAUUAUUAUAAAUUCUAAGGCCUUAACAUGAAAGAAGAUGUGGUAGAAUAAGUCUCUACAAUUACAGGUAUUUGGAAUAAAGAAAUUUUUAUUGAUGAUGUUAAAUGGUUUGAUAUUGAAAAUCCAUUCCCAUUUAAGUUAGAGCAUGAACUAAAUCCUAUUCCCAGUGACUGUAACUAUCGUCAAGACAUCUUAUACCUUAAAGAUCGCAACUUAAAAGAUGGAUAAACCUACAAAGAGCUGUUAGAAAAUCAUCAGCGUGCCGAUCGUAAACUUAGAGAAAAAGCUCAUGAAUAAAGAAAGAAAAACAUGAAGAAAAAGAAAUGA